GCUCACCGCGUUCUCGCCCGCGCUCCCACGAGCAUGGUCCAGAAGACUGGCGCGCGGUUUUUCUGCUGUUGAUUGGUCGCAGUAUGCAUACAGCACGCCAAUUUUCAAAAAGACGAGGCGGGAAGAGCUGGCUGAGAAGUGGGACAACUUGGGCUUCUCCAUUCGGACCAUGAAUGGUCACGUGAGGUAUACCUGGUCUGAUGGCAGCUGGGACUCAGGGGUUUUCGUCCCGGCGCCAUACCAGUUGAUGCACAUCAAUGCUGGAGCGCUGCACUAUGGGGUGUCCGUCUUUGAAGGCAUGAAGGCCUUCGCGUGCAAGGACAACAAGAUCCGGCUGCUGAACCCGGCGCUCAACGCGGCGCGCAUGCAGAAGGGCGCGGACGCGCUGCUGAUGCCACAAGUGCCUACGGACAUGUUCGUCAACGGCGUGAUGGAAGCUGUCCGACGAAACCGAGAAUUCGUCCCGCCGUACGGCAACAAUGCCUCCAUGUACAUCCGGCCCUUGCUCUUCGCCAGCGGUCAGAUGUUAGGUUUGGCGCCCUUGGCAAACGAGUACACCUUCUUCGUGACAGUCCUUCCAGCUGGCGGCUACUUCGGGAAAGGCAGCGAGGUCGGGGUGAAGGCUUUGGUGAGCAGCAACCACGACCGCGCCGCCCCAAAGGGCCUUGGCUCUGUGAAGGCAGCGGGCAACUACGCCGCCGACCUCUCCCCAGUGCACCAGGCGCACGGCAACGGGUACAACACCACACUCUACCUGGACGCAAAGGAGAAGAGGUACAUCGAGGAGUUCUCGGUGUGCAACUUUGUGGGCAUCACCAAGGAUGGGCGCUACGUGACCCCAAAGUCCGACACCAUUUUGCAGUCGACCACCAACAUCAUGUUGCAGCAGUUGGCCAGAGAUCGCGGCAUGAUUGUGGAGGAGCGGCCCAUUGACUUUGAGAAAGAGAUUGAGAACUUCAAGGAAGUUGGUAUGUGUGGCACCGCGGCGGUGGUGGUUAAGGUGAACUCUAUCACCUUUGGUGAGAAGACAUUCGACUUUGAAGACUUCGAUGUCAUCUCCGGGCUGCGAAGCCAGCUCACUGCAAUCCAGUGCGGGGAAGCAGAAGACAAGCACGGCUGGAUGAAGGAAGUCUGCGACUGUGUGAACGAUGAGAUCCCUGAGAUCUUCCCGGUCCAGAGCGCCUCCUAUGCGCCCGACAUGGUGACGGCUGAGGCCAAGGGCACUGUCCAGAAAAUGGGCAGCGAAGCAAUGCACGGCCUCGAGCGAUUGUUGCUGGAGCACGUGGUCGGCAACGCCGAGCCGGGCAAUCCCGACAGCGUGCUCGCAGCAAUGGACGCUUUCUGGAACAAGACGUUCCAGGCGCAAGGCGCAGAGAAGUGGAAUGUGCGGGGCCUCAAGAUCGAGGAGUUGGUCAGAGAAAAGGUCCACAAAAAGGCUGGCUCCGGAGAGCCAGUGAGAUGCUUGGAGAUGGGCACCUACUGCGGCUACAGCGCGCUGCGAAUAGCUCGGAAUCUGCCGGAAGGAGGGAAGCUCCUGAGUGUGGAGAAGGACGAGCUGUUUGCCGCCAUUGCCACCAAGAUCAUCGAGUUUGCAGGCUUAGACGACAAGGUGAAGAUUUGGAUUGGCACGGUGCACUCCGAAAUCGCCAACAUUACCAGCAGGAUGGAGAGGCAGCCGGCAGACUUCGUCCUGGUUGACCACUCCAAGGAGCGGUAUGUCCCGGACCUGAAGCUGCUGGAAGAUUGUGGCGUCAUCACUCAGGAUAGCGCGGUGGUUGGAGACGUGGAAGUCUACCCUGGAGACGAGAGGCCCCCAAGAGUCAUCGAAGAAGAGAUCAGCCGCUACUUCUCCGACAGGGCCUUCGGGCUGGCCACCAUGGUCUGA